GUGCACAGAUACGGGAGCGGAGGUGGCGGUAGCGGCGGCUUUGGUUGCCUUCCAGUUUCCUCGGCUUGUCCUCUAGCCGGCACCUCUCCCCUUCCCUCCCCCUUCCUCUCUUCCUUUUUCCCUUCCCUUCCCUUCCCUUUUCCGUCGCUGACCGGCGGGGGCGGCUCCAGCGACGGCUGGGCCCAAGUUGUGAAGAAACCUUAGCCAACCAUCACGGCGACGGCGAAACCUCGGAGCUCCCAGGGCGGGGGCAAGGCCCGGGCGGUGGAGAUGGAGAACUCCCAACUGUGUAAGCUGUUCAUCGGCGGCCUCAACGUGCAGACGAGUGAGUCCGGCCUGCGCGGCCACUUUGAGGCCUUUGGGACCCUGACAGACUGCGUAGUGGUGGUGAACCCCCAGACCAAGCGCUCCCGUUGCUUUGGCUUCGUGACCUACUCCAAUGUGGAGGAGGCCGAUGCCGCCAUGGCCGCCUCGCCUCAUGCGGUGGACGGCAACACGGUGGAGCUGAAGCGGGCGGUGUCCCGGGAGGAUUCGGCGCGGCCCGGUGCUCACGCCAAGGUGAAGAAGCUCUUUGUCGGGGGCCUUAAGGGAGACGUGGCCGAGGGCGACCUGAUCGAGCACUUCUCGCAGUUUGGCACCGUGGAAAAGGCCGAGAUUAUUGCCGACAAGCAGUCCGGCAAGAAGCGUGGCUUCGGCUUCGUGUAUUUUCAGAAUCACGACGCGGCAGACAAGGCCGCGGUGGUCAAGUUCCAUCCGAUCCAGGGCCAUCGCGUGGAGGUGAAGAAGGCUGUCCCCAAGGAGGAUAUCCACUCCGGUGGGGGCGGAGGCGGCUCCCGGUCCUCCCGUGGCGGCCGCGGCGGCCGGGGUCGGGGCGGUGGUCGUGACCAGAACGGCCUGUCUAAGGGCGGCGGCGGCGGUUAUAACAGCUACGGUGGUUACGGCGGCGGCGGCGGCGGCUACAACGCCUACGGAGGCGGCGGCGGCGGCUCGUCCUACGGUGGAAGCGACUACGGUAACGGCUUCGGCGGUUUCGGCAGCUACAGCCAGCACCAGUCGUCCUAUGGGCCCAUGAAGAGCGGCGGCGGCGGCGGCGGCGGAGGCAGCAGCUGGGGAGGUCGCAGCAACAGUGGACCUUACAGAGGUGGCUAUGGCGGUGGGGGUGGCUAUGGAGGCAGCUCCUUCUAAAAAUGUUUUUUUAAUGCUUGGGAGUGGCUAUAGGGGUAGCUCUUUUCAACCACCCAACUAGGGUCAACUCCUAAGUCCUUUUCACUCCCACCGCUUUCCCCAUUCUGCCCUUGGGGGAGCCACUUCUAAGGCUGCUUACCCUUGGGGGUGUUGCCCUAUAUGCCUGCCACCUCUCUCGUCUCUCCCUCUGAAGAUGGACUUGCCUCCACAUACACAUUUUUGUGUUACAGUCAUUGAUGGACUCUAUUUUUUUAUUAUUACUUGGACUUUGGUCGUUUUUAUACUAGCAAAAUGUCUUGUUUUAAUUUGUG